CUGUUAAUAGAUAAACAGCAAAGCAUCCAGCGAGGGGCUUCCAGAAAGGCAGCGCUGAGGGAAAGAAGAACACUUAAAGCACUAUAGAAGGAGGAGUUUCUCUUCAAACACCGUAGAAAGCCGCAUUCAGACAAAAUGAAAAUCACUUUCACAGGUUUGGCCAGUUUUGUGGUCACCUUUGGUGUCCUCAGCUUUGUAGGUCUCGUUCUGGCAAUUGGAACCGAUUUUUGGUACAUCAUUGACACUUCUAAGAGAGAAAACAGCUCAUCUGAGUCUCUGAGCUCACAUUCUGGACUGUGGAGGACUUGUAACUUUCAUAACCAGUGCUGGCCAUUUAUGAAUCCUUUUGGAACAGGAAGAAACUUAUCAGAAUCACAAAGGCAGAUACUAAACAUGCAAGGAACGUUCAUCGUCCUCCUGCCUCUCAGCGUGAUUGUGCUGUUUAUUGGAGGAAUGCUGGGCUUCAUCAGUAUGUUGGCACGAGCCUACCUGCUGCUCCUCCUGACCGGAGUGCUGCUUCUGUUCAGUGCUAUGCUCUCAUUGGCUGGAAUUUGUGUCUACAUGGCAUACUCUGCGGCUGCCUUCAAAGAGGCUGUGGACAUCUCUGGCCACAAAACCCUGGAGGACAUCGAGAUUUACUUUGGCUGGUCUCUGAUUCUAGCCUCUGUUUCUUUUGUUGGAGAACUCUGUACUGCAGUGGCAUUCCUGCUUUCCUCAGCCAGAGUGAGCCAGCUGACCAAUCAGGAAGAACAUGAAUACUGACAUGGUCUGAAUCAGGACUGUUCUAAGGAAGGAGAGGAUUACACCACAUGAAGGCACUGAAAAUGCCACACAAACACUGAAAAUUAAAUCACUGUUUACAUAUUUAUAUUUUAAAAUUAAAAAUGAUUAUGAACAUUUCAGGACAUUUCAGUGUUCAAUUUCCGUAAGGUCAAGGGUCAAUCUUUGAGGUUAUAUAAUAAUAAUAACAAUAAUAAUAAAUACAUGUGAAAAUGUAAAAAUAUCUUCAAGUGACCACUUAAGGGAGCUGAACUGCCAAAAAAAGCAUGGGAACCCCUGAUGUAUAGAAACAACAUUGCAACGGAAUUUUUACAAUACAUUUGCUUAUUGUCUUUUAAUUAUGUUAUUUAUGGUCAUUUUGUCUGGUUUGUACUUUG